AUUUCAGUUUCUUUCGAAUCGGUGACCUUCUCUGAUCGUAAUGUUCGUCUGACCGGUGUACGUACAUUGUCUUCGAGAACAUUCGAUUUAUGGCUUCAAGCAAAGUUUGCACAUCCACAUAUGAGCAUCUUCGCCUGGGAAAGCGUUGAUGCAUUGCAUUGGCUGCAUCUUUAUGUUCAAGAUGGGAAAAUUGUUGAUGGGAAAAUUGUUGGUGAGAUAGUGAACGGUGGUGAGACAGCACAAGUAGUUACUGACUCGAUCUAUAAUGAUGGUAGAUGGCAUUCAAUCUACUGGGAAGCGGAUAGUCGUGGAAUGCGGCUAAAAGUUGAUGGUAAACUAGCAGAAAUCAAUGCGACGCUAAUUUUACCAAAUGCUCAUCAGUGGACGAUCGGAUCGCGAACCGAAAGGGGUCUGUCUGGAUUCGCUGGAGUGGUACGAAGUAUCCACCUAUGCGGAGAGGAGCUAUCGUUGAGUACUAUAGCUAGGAGAGAUUACGAUAAAGGUAAACAACAUGCGCAUUUCUUUCUAGAGAUGUGA